UGUAUCUACAGUCUAUUUCAUAUUCACGUAAUAAUAAUUCUAACGUAUGGAUUUGCUUCAAAAAUGGAAGCUCUUCGAAAUAUAGAAGAUCAUUGAUCCGCUUUGCGUAUUAUUCUAUAUCUCAACUUUUGCAGCAGCUUUCCUGGAUUUCAGACAGAGGCCUUUAGCAGUGUCAACACCUUGGGAUGUCUGAGAUUUGAACUUGAGACCUUCCGCAUGCAAAGCAUGUGCUAAAACCCCGGAGCUACACUCAUCCCUCUACCCCCCCUUAAGUUCAAAGUCAAGAGGUGCUGCGUUUAAGCUGGCCGAAGUUUCGAACUCGCACCACUCCUCAGUUGGCAAGAAAUAAUAGCUUCAUCGACUCUGAAUCUCAAAAUUUGGAUUUCCAGAUAGGGAUUCUAGGUUGACUCAGGCCCUGAAAUGCAGGGGGCAUAUCUGGGAAUUAAGAAGGUGGUGCCUUGCAGAUAAAGGAUUGGGAGCACAGCCCUGCAAGAGAAGGCUUUGGUGACAUGGUGUGAAGCCCCUGGAGAGGGUGCAAAGAAUCUGGCUGAACCUUGAAAGGUUUGGGCAGAGUCUCGGUCAACAAGAGGCUUUUAUUCAAAGAGGUAGUGGAGUCUUCAUAGUAGAAGAUCUCACAGUGAAGACUAGACUGGAUCGGAAAACUUCCUAUCAGCACAGCACAGCCUACUUCCUUUGGAGUGUCUUUGCGCUUCAUGCUUUGCAUAUAAACUCUUCAUUUUACCUGCUUUACAGGAAAAUGGCAUUUCAGUUCAACUUCUCUAUUGACAGUGCAGCAGAAAACGGAAUAGAGGCAGUUGGGAAUGGAAUGGAGGAAUUGGUACAGGAGUCUUUAGUCAUUUUGGACAAGCAAGAGAACACUACAGGAAAGAGUAAGGAGGUUUCCUCAGAAGAAACAAUAUUAAACCAGGAGGAUUUAUCAGAAAUCCCUGCUAAUGUGGCAGGCAACAGCUUUUUGAGUAAAAGCAACAUUAUGCCUAAAGAAGGCUUGUGCCUUAAAUGUGCCAAGGAACAUAAUCUCCCUGAAGAUUUCCAGAAAUUGUUUAAAAACAAAGUUGUGGGGACCCUCCUUCCAGGUACACGCUAUGCAAAUAUUUCUGUGGUGGAGACAGCACCCUCUGAAAACGCUGUUGGGGAAGACAUUGUGUCACAAAGUGUUUCUUCUCAUUCUGACCUAAUCACAGGUGUCUAUGAAGGAGGUCUGAAGAUCUGGGAGUGUACCUUUGAUCUCAUGGAUUAUUUGUCAGAAGCUGAAAUUCAGUUUGCACACAAGUUGGUUUUGGACCUUGGCUGUGGGGCCGGGUUGCUGGGAAUAGUUGCAUUAAAAAGAAAUGCCGAACAGGUCCAUUUUCAGGACUAUAACAGCACUGUGAUUGAAGAACUAACCAUGCCUAAUGUAUUGGUCAACUGUGCUAAUCAGGGUGAUGAUGUUGAAGGAAAUACUGAGCUUUCUCUAAAACAAUGUCCAAAGAAGGACUUUACCCAAGACUUGUUUUCUAAAUGCAAAUUCUUUUCAGGGGAAUGGUCAGAGUUUAGUAAUCUAUUAAAUGGCAGUAAGCCUUUAGCAAAAUAUGAUCUCAUACUCACCUCUGAGACUAUUUAUAAUCCAGACUACUAUGAGGCUUUGCAUGAAACACUUUUAAAAUUACUGAGAAUUAAUGGGUGUGUUUAUUUAGCUAGCAAAGCACAUUACUUUGGAUGUGGAGGUGGGGUCCACCUUUUUACAACAUUUAUUGAGAAGAAAAAUGUGUUUAAGUCUAGAAUUGUUAAAGUUAUUGACAAAGGCCUAAAGCGUUUCAUUAUUGAGCUGGUUUUUAAGAAAUCCUGUUAACGUGAUCAAUGUGUUAGUAAAUACUUUAUUGUUGUUUUGCUUUCAUGCAGCUCUUAGAGUAAAUUGCUAACACAUUUUUCUUGA